AUGGACCAUGGAAACCAAAAAAAAAAAGAGUCCGUUUUGCAGGUAAUUCCCGAGACAAUGGCUUCUUCUCCUUCUUCUCUUCUCACUAAAAUCCUCUGUGAUGCCGGCGAAUCAGAGCUCUGUCGAGACGACUCAGCUGCAUUUCUACUCAAAUUCGUAGCCAUUGCAUCGAUUCUACUAGCUGGAGCUGCGGGUGUAGCCAUACCUCUCAUUGGCAAGAACCGCCGUUUCCUUCGAACCGAGGGGAACCUCUUUGUAGCUGCUAAAGCCUUUGCAGCCGGUGUCAUACUCGCCACUGGCUUUGUCCACAUGCUCGCCGGCGGCACCGAAGCUCUCACCAACCCUUGCUUACCGGAUUAUCCAUGGUCAAAGUUCCCUUUUCCGGGUUUCUUUGCAAUGGUGGCUGCUUUGGUAACUCUGCUUGUGGAUUUCAUGGGGACACAGUACUAUGAGAGGAAGCAGCAGAGGAACGAGGCUGCUAGUGAAGCCGCCGUUGUUGAGCCCGGCCGUGAGGAGACUGCUGUUGUUCUUCCCGUGGCUGGAGAAAGAGUAAACGAUAGUAAAGUGUUUGGUGAAGAAGACGGCGGCGGGAUUCACAUUGUUGGCAUUCGUGCUCACGCCGCACACCAUAGACAUAGUCACUCUAAUGGCCAUGGAACAUGUGAUGGACAUGCACAUGGACACGCGCACGGGAAUCAUGAUGUUGAGAAUGGAGCUAGGCAUGUUGUUGUUUCUCAGAUAUUGGAGCUUGGGAUUGUGUCGCACUCAAUCAUCAUCGGUUUAUCCCUCGGGGUAUCGCAGUCUCCAUGCACGAUCAGGCCUCUGAUUGCAGCUCUGUCAUUUCACCAGUUCUUUGAAGGAUUUGCGUUAGGAGGAUGCAUCUCUCAGGCAGAGUUCAGGAACAAGUCAGCGACCGUAAUGGCUUGCUUCUUCGCACUGACCACUCCUGUAGGGAUCGGGGUUGGAAUCGCGGUGGCGUCGUCUUUCAACUCGCAUAGCCCUGGAGCUUUGGUCACCGAAGGGAUACUUGACUCGCUCUCGGCUGGGAUACUGGUGUACAUGGCUCUGGUGGACCUGAUCGCAGCUGAUUUUCUAAGCAAGAGGAUGAGUUGUAAUGUGAGGCUCCAGGUUGUGUCUUAUGUAAUGUUGUUCCUUGGAGCUGGACUUAUGUCCGCACUCGCCAUCUGGGCUUAG